CCCUCAUCUUCGGGCUUCUCUUAUCGAUACGUCCCCGACCGCCGAGCUCCGGGACCCCACCUCUCGUCCUACUACCCCGCUAGGCGCUGCAAUCCUCCGGGGGGCCCUUAUCGUCCCAUCCAUCCCCUCUCCGCGCCCCUAUAUUUAUACCUGUUUGGCGGAUGUGAACAGCAUCCUUUGCCUGUCCGCACCGUUCCCGCUACCACCGUCGCAUUUCACGCCGUCCACGCAGCACUUGCAUGCAUACACAUACCACUUGCUUAUUUCCCGGACCAGCUUACUACGGGCAGGCAAUCCGACCUCAGGUCCCCCGGGCGUUAGCUACCAUCACACCCACACCCACACCCACACACAUAUAGGGGGGGCCAGUUCACGCAACACGCACGCGAACAUGUCCCCAGCAGCAACCACAACCAGCACCUCCUCGGCGGCGGCGGCGCCCGUCGCCGGGGGCCUGACGGCGGAGCAGGUCGCGUCGUUCUGGCGGGACGGGUACCUGGUGAUCCCGGACGCGCUGUCGGCGGCGACGGUGGCGGGGCUGCUGGCGGAGACGCGGGCGCUGCUGGCGGGGUUCUCGCUGGCGUCGCACCCGCUGACGCGGUUCAGCACGGGGGAGUCGGGGGCGGCGCACGUGGGGGACGAGUACUUCCUGGGGUCGGGGGACCAGGUGCGGUUCUUCUUCGAGGAGGACGCGUUCGACGGCGCGACGGGCGCGCUGGCCAAGCCCAAGGAGCGCGCCGUCAACAAGAUCGGGCACGCGCUGCACGCGCUGUCGGCCCCGUUCGCCGCGCUGCUCGACCCCGCGCAGAACCCCCCCGGCGGCGCCGCCCCUGGUGCUCGCGACAGCCACCCCGCCGCCGUCGCCCGCGCCCUCGGCUUCCGCGACCCCCGCUGCCUCCAGAGCAUGGUCAUCUGCAAGCAGCCCGAGAUCGGCGGCGCCGUGCCGCCGCACCAGGACAGCACCUUCCUCUACACGGACCCGCCGAGCGCCGUCGGCUUCUGGUACGCGCUCGAGGACGCCACGGCGGCCAACGGCUGCCUCAGCUUCCUGCCCGGCAGCCACCGCUGGGCGCCCGUGCGCCAGCGCUUCGUGCGCGCUGCCGGCGGCGGCGGCACCGAGUUCGUCGACAACGACGGCGCGCGCUUCCCGCCCGGCGACGAGUACGGCGAGCGCGUCGCCGCCCCCGCCGCCCCCGAGCCCGCCUACGUCCUCGGCGAGGUCUCCGCCGGCUCCCUCGUCCUCAUCCACGGCAACCUGCUCCACAAGAGCGAGCGCAACCUCAGUCAGAAAGGCCGCAUCAUAUACACCUUCCACAUCAUCGAGGGCGACGGCCCCACGUACGACGAGCGGAACUGGCUGCGCCCGCCGGCCGGGGGCCUGACGCGGCUGUUCCGGGACUGAGCGGGAGAGGAGGGAAGGAGGGCCGAGGGAUUAAGGGGCCGCGAGAGAGAGAGCAUGUAUAACAGCGUCCCUCGACGGCGAGUGCGGAGAUGGUAGUUAGGACGGAUGGAUACGGACUGAUAGAAGAGAAAACGCGGGGUCUCCAACUGUGUAGGGCAGCGUUAUCAGUUGCGAACCCAACUCGUCUAUUCUUCCACGCGAUCCCGGGCGACGGGCCCUGUUUCGAAGCCGCGGUAGAGCAUCCCAGGCACGAUGAGAAGUAUAGGGGGUAGCAUGAUUAGGCAUCUAGGAGGGCUUAUUUAGUAGAGCGGUAGCCAAGUUGGAAUGUGGCAAACCCAGCUCCUAUGAACUGCGGCGGGUUCGUAUGAAAAUCUCGCUGUAAUAUAACUUAUGAACGCUCCCAUCUCGCGUUAACGGAGCGAGAAAAACGAUAGCUA